AUGUUGUCGCAAAGUAAACAACCUGACGUCAAUACUCUGUUGCACAAUAUGCGUGCACAGAUCUUGGCGUUGACCACGCAACUCGCCAAGCUGCAGGCGAACCCAGCCACAGCAACCCCCCCCAGAGAAAGAUCACAAUUUGCCGAAUGGUGGAUCAAGCUCCAGAUUUGGGUCAAAGCAAACUGGGAUGUAUUUGCCGAUGAUUUUGAGGUAGCAACCGCAGUGCUAUCUCGACUAAAAGGACCUGUGGCGGGUCGAUACACCCAAGUAAGACUGCAGGAGUGCUACACAGCGGGAGUGUGGCCCACCUGGGACGAUCUCAAAGUAGAAAUUGAGAAAUAA